CGAGGCUGGAGAAAUUAUACUUAGCAGUCUCGAAAUUCAGUUUCCAUCCUCACUGCUGUCAUCCUGCAAUUUGAUUGAACUGGAAGUAUUUAGAUGUAACAAAUUGACUGACUUAAUGUCUUGCUCGACAACUAAAAGCAUGAUGCAGCUCAAGAGAUUGUGGGUACAUGAAUGUGCAAUGAUGGCGUCCAUUGUAGAAUGUGCAGGGGAAAGUGAGACAGAGGAUGAUAUUAUUUUCCACCAACUGGAAGAAAUAUAUAUUUAUCGUAUGCCAAACCUUUCAAGCUUCUGUGGCUCAGGGAAACAUGCCUUCAAAUUACCAUCAUUGAAAGAAGUAACUGUGGAAAAUUGCCCCCGUCUGAAAACUUUUUGCGAGGGACCACUUUCCACUUUCAAGCUCUGGAGUCUCCAUGUAUCAUUGUAUAAAAAGCGUUGGAAUGGCGACCUUAAUACUACCAUACAGGCCUUGUAUAAAGAAAUGGAUGAUGAUGAUGAUGCUGCUGCUGGAGAUGAACAAUUGUCAAUGAGAUUUCUGCACGAAUAUCGGAGGUUAACUGCUCGUCGCCAUUUCAAUCAUCCGGGGAUGAGUGCGCUGAACUUAUUGAAAGCUUAGAAGGACAUAUUGCUUUGAAUUGAUGUUCACAAGAGCUAAAUAUGCAAAAUGCAUCAUCAGGCUCCAACAUUGCCUCUCUUUAAGGAUGAAGGUGGCAAGUUAAGCUUUCUUUGUGUGUCAAGUGAAGAUGUGUGCUGAAAAGCUCUCUUUUAUUUUUUUGCCUUUUCAUGAUUACUAGUACGCUCAUGUUAAGUAAAAUCGAAUCCAUGGACUUUCAUUAUGUGAGGUGUGGACUGUUGUACUGUUACCUCUUUCAAUUCUGAAUUUGCUAUUUCUGGAACUCCUAAAUUUUAAAGAGAGACGGUCAUGUGCUCUGCUUGCAACUUACGUAUAAAAGUUAAAUUUAGAGUGCAAGUAAAA